AUGACAUUUCUUACUCGCUUAAAUCUUCCUGAAAAUCAUGUUGAGGGUGAGAUUCCAAGCUCUAUUGGAAAACUUUGCUACCUGAUGCAUUUUGAUAUAUCAAGUAAUAACGUGACUGGUACUAUAUCCGAAAUCCUUAAAGGAACAGAUUGUCUGUCCAGGAAGCCACUACCUAGUCUACAGGAUUUGGAUUUGUCAAGUAAUAACCUAGUUGGUAAGUUACCAGAAUGGCUAGGUCAGCCCAAGAAUCUUGUUGAACUUCAUUUGCUCUAUAACUCUCGUCAUGGUCCCAUCCCAGCUUCUUUAGGUUUAACGAAAAUUCUUUCUGUAUUAUGGCUAGGAAGGAAUGAAUUAAAUGGAACUCUUCUCGAAAGUUUGGGACAACUUUCUAAGUUGAUACUUUUGAUGGUUCUUCCAAUCAUUUGA